GAACAAAUUGGAAGAACUAAGGGCACGGCAUUUUCUCCUCUUUCCUCUCUCUCUCUCUCUCUCUCUCUUGUUAAUAGUUCUUAAUUCCUAUAAAACCUUUUGUUUGAUUUUUCUUUUUUCGUUGGGAAAGAUCUUCGCUCCUCUUCUUCUACCAUGGAAGGAUUCCUAGUUGUUCCAAUGGGAUUUCAAAGACCAUUUAUUGAUGCAAUUAAAAGCAAAAAAAGAAGGCUUUAAAGAGAGCCUCCUAUGACAGGGCCCCACGUAGCUAUGCAUCAGGAACGGGAGACAAAUUCUCAUGAGAAACGAAAGAGAAAACUGAAGACUCCGGCACAAAUUGAGGCACUAGAGAAAUUUUAUAAUGAGCACAAGUACCCUACCGAGGUAAUGAAAUUGGAAUUUUCUGAGAAAAUAGGUCUCUCUGAAAAGCAGGUUUCUGGAUGGUUUUGCCACAGAAGACUGAAAGACAAGAAGACUUUGCAAGGAGAAAUUUGUACAAAUGGAAAACAAAAUCUCUCCAGUAGUGCUGUACAUGAUCGCAUUAGUGGGGUUAAACAAGAAUCUUGUAGUAGUACCAAACAGGUGGAUAGAAACCUUGAUUUUAAAGAAGUGGAAAGUAAAAUGUAUUAUGGCUAUAGACCUUGUUCUGAUGUACUUGCAUAUGAAACCAGCAAUAAACAUCCUCGUACUGGAAUUGAUCAUGUUGCAGAAGAUAGAUCUUCAGGUAGUAGUUCAGCAUCUCAAGGUAGCUAUUUAGAAAGCCAUGAGAACCCUUACGUUGUUCAAGCUUCUGGUUACAAACUUUGUAAUGAUAGUGGCAUCUUGAUGAGCAACAAAAACAGAGUCAUGAAGAGUAAUGAAAAUAUGGGGAAGCCCAGGCAUUCAUUUAUGCGAGUUGAGAAUGAUACUCCAGCUAUUUCUGAACUUAAGUGGAAACUUGGAAGUCAUUAUCGUGAAGAUGGUCCUCUUCUUGGCUUUGAAUUUGAUCCCAUUCCUCCCGGUGCAUUUGACUCGCCAACUCGGGAUUCAAAAUUCGAACCCUAUUAUGUUGGAGAUACUAUGCAACAAGAGGCUUCUAGCUUCUAUAGGAGUACCAAUGAACAUAGGGAAGGGGCAAGGAGCACUGGGCUGAGUAGCCAGAUGUAUGAUAAAUACAAUAAUGUGAAGUCUGGCUGCAAAGCUUAUCAAGAACAAAGAAGCUCCAAAAGAGCAAAGCCAGGAUUCAUUGAUUUUAAUGAAAUCAACAACUUGCAGGCAACACAGAACGCUAUCUCCAAUCAUGUUCAAUAUCAGGUCAAUGCCAUGGAUGAAACUGAGAAAUCUAUGAAUCAUACUUCUUGUUUCAAUGUCAGAAAUAAUUUGAGAUGCUUCAAGGAAAAAACAGAGGGGAGAUAUGAUAGUAGAGAUGGCCACAAUCUCCAUCGAAAUUUUUGGAACUCCAAUCAAAAUCAUUCCGCGUGUAAACCAGAUAUGGUUAUAAAUAAAACUGCUAGGAAAGUGAACGGUGUAGAACUGUGGCAGCAACAGUGUGCCGUUAAAGUUUUAGAGAAGCCUGCACGUCAGGUACCAUUUAAAAGGCAUCAUUUGGACAUGGAAUCCAAUCUCCAACGAGAUGUUUCAGGAGGCACCUCCUCAUCCUUGGACUGAGUGAGAAAUUAUUCACGGGAUUCCCAAUGAAGCUUUCGGUGACUUCGAAAUCCAAGGUGUGUACAGUCAGACGCAUCUUACCCCCUUCAUGUGCCCCAUGGCGCAUCAACCAACUAACAAUU